GUCUUCGGUCGUCUUGAUCUGAGAUGCGUCGGAGCAGGGGAUCUGUCCGCUCGGUCGAGUAGCCGGCCCGCCUCCUUCGUCGCUUUUUUUCCCACAGUGCCAUGAAUACAGGGGAGAGAAAACUCGGGAUUCCUUCCUAAGCACCCGUGCGAGUCGAUUUAUUCACUGGAGGGUGCUCUCCCUGAGAUGACCGAGGUGGAGCCGGUUCUGGACUUUGCUUCGUCGGGUCGUUCUGGACGACGGAAUGCCCUGCCGGAUAUCCUGGGCUCCCCUGCUGGGGUCAGCCCCUCCGACCUGCCCCUCAAACUGGCCCAGCUGUCACUCACAGACGGGCCGGAUGGAGCGCAGUCCCCCAGCGCAGAAGAGGCCCCGCCCCCCUCAGACAGCGCGGGGGGGCAGGAAGGGUCGUAGCGGGCGGGGAGGUGGGGGGUCCCAGAGCCUCCCAGCGCAGAAACAGAGGGAGGAAGAGGAGGAGGAGAGAGAGAAGAAGGGAUGAAGACUGCUGAGUGUCCAUCUGUUUAAUUAACAUCAGCUGCACCGGGGGGGGGGCAGCAACUACCAAUCGCUUCAGCCUGGGGGGGCACCGUGGGGGGAGCCUGUUCCAAACAUCACCCCCCCCCCAAAAAAAACAGACAUGGAAUGGAUUUGAAGACGAUUACAGAGACAGGAAUGUUUUCAUUCAAAAAGGAAAUGGAUUAAAAAACACAAAAUGCUGCAGUGAAGAAACAGGAACUUCUUUUUGAGUUCCCCCUACCAGUCAGACUCUCUUCUGUUUUUAGCAUUAUCGUUUUCUAAGUAAGGUACGUGUUGUGAAUUUUACAUGGGAAAAGCCUCUCAGAAGGGCUUCUAACGACUUUGCCCGACUGACAUCCUGCCAUUUUUUGUAAAAAAAGAAAAUAUCACCUCAGUUUUCAGAAGAAAACACUGGGUGUAUGCAAGCGCAAGUCUUAAGAGUGUGGGCUGCUGUCCUGCCAUGGAGGGAGCAGACGUCAGACAACAUUGAGAGCGUUGAGAGAGCGUUGAGAGAGCGUUGAAAGAGCGUUGAAAGAGUGUUGAAAGAGCGUUAAGAGGGAGAUCAGGGAGACCUCCUGUGUGCAGGUUGUGUGUUAAGCGGGAGACCUCCUGUGUGCAGGUUGUGUGUUGUGUAGUGUUAUGUAGCAGACGCCACGACCCUGAUAAAUAGCCAAGUUCCCCUGGAGGACCCGGUUUGGACCACAUUCCUAUUUUUUGUACCACAUUUGGGACUCUGCUCAUUUGGGACCGUGUUCUGCUCAUUUGGGACCGUGUUCUUCUUG